AUGUCACUGCUGGGCCCGCUGCUGGUGGCGCUGGGCUACGGGCUGAUCCUGGGCAUCGCCUGCGUGCACUUCGGCAAGUUUCUGCCUGCGCGCAGCCCGUGGCACGCUGCGGCCAGCGUCUUCCUGGCCUCGGAGCUGCUACUGCAGUACUCGCUGGCCGUCUGGAGCGACCCCGGCUACGUGGUGAGCCGGCAGCUGGCGCCCAAUGACGGCUGCGAUGGCGGCAGCGACCACCAGCGGAUCUGCCAGCACUGCAAGAUGCCCAAGCCGCCCAGGGCGCACCACUGCCGCGAGUGCCGGCGAUGCGUCUACGAGAUGGACCACCACUGCCCCUGGCUCAACAACUGCGUCGGGUACCACAACUACCGGCACUUCUGGCUGCUGCUGCUCUACAUCUGGGUGAGCUGCUUGUACGUCGCCAUGUUGUCGGCGAGGCUCUUCGUCGAGACGUUCACGAGCAGCAGCGCGGACGCUCAGGCUGAAGGCAGGGACAACGUUGUGCUGGACCGCUUCAAGGUGCUCUUCUCCUUCAUGGCGACGACCGUGGUGGGCGUCGUGGUCUGCGGAUACUGGGGCUGGCACGUGUAUCUGGUGCUCACAGAGCAGAGCACCAUCGAGUUUAUGCAGCGCGACGGCGAGAGGCUGAAACUGUCAGUGCCAGCCCUUCCCCGAAAGCGCAGAGGCAAGAUGCGAGAGGGUGACAUGCAGAGGAGCGUGAUGUACGUUGACCUGGUGAAGGGCAGGAACGCUUCGGUUAACGUGGGGAUGCACGAGGGUGUGGGCAAACUCCUAGGUGAAAUUGCCGAGCAGAUGAAGUACAAGUUCUGCAACCUCGGUGAGGUGGAGGAUAAGUUCGGGAACAUGACUAAUGUCCUUGUCAUUUGCGCGACAAAGUAUUCGAGCGAGGUGCAGCAAAGCUUUCUUCACCGCGCGUCUACACGGUACACAGUGCCAACAACGAUUGGGUGUCCUCACAUCACCGAAGUGCUACUACUUGACCUAACGACGGAAAGGAUGCGCCAGGAGUUUAUGGGGCUCGAGAACGAACCUGGGUUAACGAGGGCCAUGGAGCGUAUGGUCGUCGCAGCGUGCCUAGCUACGAGCAGCAACGAAUGA